UGCGCCGGGCCAGUUGUGGCGCUUAGGCACAGGCAGUCAGUUUCCGGGACUAGGUGAAAUGGCGGAGACGGUGACCCUGGUCUGGAUUCGUGGCCCCGGCUUCGGCUGCAGGGCGGUGCGGGCUGCCUCGGGCCCAUGCUCCGUCCGAGACUUUAUCCACCAACACUGCCAAGAUCAGUUACACCUCUCUCUCUCCCCCAUCCCCAGAAUGGCCGAAUGGGUCAAACAACAAGCUGAGCGAGAGGCUGAAAAGGAGCAGAAGCGCCUAGAGCGACUGCAGCGGAAGCUCGCGGAACCCAGGCACUGCUUCACCAGCCCCGACUACCAGCAGCAGUGCCACGAGAUGGCUGAGCGCCUGGAGGAUUCCGUCCUCAGAGGUAUGCAGGCUGCCUCCAGCAAGAUGGUGUCGGCAGAAAUCGGCGAGACUCGGAAGCGGCCGAACAAAUCCAAACCAGAUGAAGGAACGAGUGCAGCGAAAAGGAAGUGCUUUUGGUUGGGCAUGGAAGGACUGGAGACUGUGGAAGAGUCCAGCUCAGAGAGUUCAGAUGAUGACAGUGAAGACGCACCUAGCACUUCAGGAAUGAGCUUCCAUGUUCCAAAAAGUGACAGCGAUGGUGUUGAUGUGGCAGCUGAGUUUCCCAGUAGUUCUCAGAGGGCGCCAGGAUUAAGUACAGACUGCAGCUCAUCAGAGAAACCACAGACGCCGGUCACUGGCUCUGGGAAUGGUGUUUCCGAAGACUCGUGUACUGAGCUGGGAGCGACAUCUCCCCAUGUGUACGUGGAAAGGAAGACAGCUACAGAAACAGAGAAAACCCAGGAGAGAAAGGAGGCCUUCUGUGCAGAGAAAGGAGCCCGUUUUACAUAUUUCUUUUGUUUUUUGUUUUCUCAGGAUAUUGGUCAGGAAUCUGUAGACUUAUUGGCAUUCAACUCGGUCGCAGAAGUGGAAUUGCUGGGUCUGGAGAAGCUCAAGUGUGAACUCACAGCUCGGGGGCUGAAGUGUGGGGGCACCCUCCAGGAGCGGGCAGCAAGACUCUUCUCCGUCAGGGGACUGGCGAAGGCACAGAUAGACCCAGCCUUAUUUGCCAGGCCUUUGAAGGGGAAGAAGAAAUGAAUUGCGUCAGAACUGAUUUCCUUCCUUUUUCUAGUGCAGCACUUACAACCUGACUCGUGGCCAUUAUUCCUGUUGAUAUUAAAGCCGAUAGAACCCAA